CAGCAUCUACAUUUCCCUUCUUUCGCGGAACCCUCCCUCUCUCCCUCUCCCCCUCUCCGCCGCCGUAGUCCGCAUGGAGAUGGAUUCUAGUGGCUUGACCUCCUCCUCCUUCGACAAAGAUCGCCGCAUUACCUUCUUAGAAAUGAUGGUCCACACCCUCCCCGCAGACUACCAAGAGCAAGACAUCAACCGUCUCACCCUCGCCUACUUCGCCAUCUCUGGCCUAGACAUCCUCAACGCCCUCGAUCGAAUCGAUAAAGACGGAGUCGUCAAUUGGGUAUUAUCUUUACAGGAACAUCCUUCGAAUGAGUCUGAAUUAGAAAAUGGAGAAUUCUAUGGAUUUCAUAGUUCAAGAACUUCUCAAUUUCAAGCACAUGAUGUCUGGGUUUUGAGUCGCAAUGAUAGCCACUUAGCAAGUACAUACUGUGCACUAGCCAUAUUGAAGAUGGUUGGUUAUGACUUGUUGAGUAUUGAUUCGGAGUCAAUUGUGGUCUCGAUGAAACACCUACAACAGCCUGAUGGGAGCUUUAUGCCCAUUCAUACAGGGGCAGAGAAGGACCUCCGAUUUAUAUACUGUGCUGCUGCCAUCUGUUCUAUGUUAAAUAAUUGGAGUGGAAUGGACAGAAAGAAAGCCAAGGAAUAUAUACUCAAUUGCCAGUCAUAUGAUGGUGGUUUUGGCUUAGUUCCGGGCUCAGAAUCUCAUGGUGGUGCGACUUACUGUGCGGUUGCAGCUCUACGGUUGAUGGGAUUCAUCAAAGAUGAUAGUCUAUCCAAAUUCAUUUCAUCUUCUGUCAUCAACGUGCCAGCGUUGCUGGAGUGGAGCUUGGAGAGGCAAACAAUUGAUGGUGGAUUUCAAGGCCGAACCAACAAGCCUAGUGACACAUGUUAUGCAUUUUGGGUCGGCGGUGUUUUGAAGAUCUUAGGAGCUCACCACUUCUUUGACAAGGAUGCUCUGCGUGCUUUUUUGCUUUCCUGUCAGACCCCAUUACAUGGUUCUUCACCUUCUCUCUCUGCUGUCAUAGCUCUAUUAUUAAUUGUAGAUGCAGUCCAUUUUAAUCCUCCCAAGGUUUACACCGUAUAUGUGGCGUACAUGUAUGAUGAGGUGAACCGUCCAUUCAUCGUAAGGCUCAAUAAAUGGAUCCUACACCAAAAAUCACUCCAAUCGGACAACCUAAUUGUGAAACAUAUGUUGUACAAAAAACUGUCAGCUUGAUUACUAUUGUCCUAUUGUUGUAAUUUUUUAUUUUAUUUUUUGGUCCAUAAGACAUUUGUCCUUGUGCCUGUGAAUGGAUGGUUUGGAACACCAUGUACAUGCCGUAUGGAGAGUUUUCAUUCCCAUAUUUAUGCUAUCCAUA